AUGAUAUUAUCACGCCAGAAUAGCCCUCUCCGUGCGGGCCGAGGCGCUGAGCAAGGCGGACAUAGCGGGCUUGGCGAUGAUCUCGAUGUUUUCCUGGCCAUGAUUAUCUGGGGGCCACCGGAGAUGAGCGUCCUGAUUGCCAGUAUCGGUCUAGUUCCCAGUGUGUUCCAGCGCCGGGUUCCCUUGCCGACGGCAGUGGCCCAGGAUGGCUUCUCAUAUGUUAGCCUUGAUAAUGUGACGGCGAGGCGAGUUUGCGACGCGAGAAGGAAGAGGCCGCCGAUCAUGGCCUACUCGCCGGCCAGCAAAUGGAUUCGACUUCCCGGAUUACGUGAGACGGACAUCGGUGAAGCUACAUUGAAAGACAAUUGCUCCGAGGGAAUGAAACUGGCGCCUCACUACGACUACUCGUCGUUGGAUGAGGCCGGCUCCAUCUUCAUCUGCAAGGCCCGCCUUGGGUUGCGAGCUGACUAG